CCGCCUGAGUCUUGUAAGUGAGUAUUUAUAGGUGCUGAUUUGUCAGCGCCAUCAGUCGUUCCCAUUUAGGCGCAGCGACCCCACCUCCUGCGGCUAGUGGUCCAUCGCCAUUCCGUUCAUUCCGUCAGUUCCAUAUUUACACAUUCCUAAGUCUUCCAGGAUCUAACUCCAAAUCCCAUCGCACACAACUCUCACGUCACCGUUACCAACCGAUACUGUAAUUACGAAUUUCGCUGACGCAUCUCCAGUCAUCCACAGUCUCCGGAGCUCACAUUCCCGACGACCUACCGACUUUAUCUACUGAAAUUCUUUUUUCGUAACUUCUCACUAUUUUCCGCGGAUUCGUUAUGGGCGCAUCGUCUGACCCUUAUAUGGCGUACAGAGGAGGCAAGAUCUACCGAGGAGGCGACAAGCUGCAGGAUCCUUACUCCGUCAGAUAUGACGGAAUCGACCGGAUCUUAACCGGCCGGCCGCUUUCCGACGAUGGCGAAAACGACAGCAGUAGCGACUCCAGCAGCCCGAAGAAGCUUCGCCGAAGGACCCUGGCGUCCGACGUGCUCCCGCUCCCGCUCUGGCUGACCAACAUCGUCUUCCUGCUAACGUUUAUUUUCUCCUGCUGCUACCUCCUUCAGCAAUGGCGGGAGCAGCUUUACUCGUCUGAGAAGCUUCACGAAUUGUUAUGGCGCGACCUGGUCGCGGUUUGCCUCGGUAUGGGCUCCUUCAUUUAUCUUAUAAACUUCUUCGGGGUUGGAUAUGUACAGUCGGCCAUCGAGCAGAGUAUGAUUUCCGAGGAAGAUGUGAAGGAAAGAGAGGAAGAGGAGGAGGAAGAGGAGGAGGGGGAGGAGGAGGAGGAGGAAGAGGAGGAUCCGAAGAAGCUGCUUUUCCGCCAGGGGCGCACCGGUCCGCGCAGACACUACGUUCCGCCUCCCCCGGAGCCUCGGUAUAACCCGGUCCCGAGCCCAUCUCCUCCCGCUACAACCACAUCGGCUACAAGCACGCCCGCUCCCACGGCACCGAAGUCCUGCGGCGUCAAGCUCGACAGCUCGUCCUCGCUACAAGACGUCCCGCUACAAGACCUCCCGGACGACGAUAUCGCGCACGCCGUCGCGCGCGGCGCCAUUCCCAUGCACUCCCUCGAGGCGCAACUCGGCAACACCCUCCGCGCCGCCGCGGUCCGGCGCCGCGCCGUGGAGAUUAAAACCGGCCGGUCCCUAUCCGGCCUCCCCCUCGAGAACUACGACUACGACGCGAUCCGCGGCGCGUGCUGCGAGAUGGUGAUCGGGCACGUGGCGGUGCCGGUGGGCGUAGCGGGGCCGCUGCGGCUGGACGGGGCAGACGUGUUUGUCCCCAUGGCCACCACCGAGGGCUGCCUCAUCGCCAGCACCAACCGCGGCUGCAAGGCCCUCUGCGCCGCCGGCGGAGCGCGCAGCGUGGUGCUGCGCGACGGCAUGACGCGCGCGCCCGCCGUGCAGCUGCCGUCGGCGCUGCGCGCGGCGGAGCUGAAAGCGUUUGCGGAGAGUCCGGAGAACUGGGACAUGCUGGCGGACGCGUUCAACAGCAGCAGCAGGUUCGCGCGGCUGCAGAGCAUCAGCGUGGCAGUCGCGGGGCGCACGGCGUUCGUGCGCGUGGAGAGCAGCACGGGCGACGCGAUGGGGAUGAACAUGGUGUCCAAGGGCACGCGCAACGUGCUCGGCGCGCUGCUGGGCGCGUUCCCGGACCUGCGCGUGGUGAGCAUGUCGGGCAACUACUGCGCCGACAAGAAGGCCACUGCCGUCAACUGGAUCCACGGCAGGGGGAAAUCCGUCGUCUGCGAAGCCACCAUCCCGGGCCACGUGGUGCGGUCGGUGCUCAAGACGUCAGUGGAGGCCCUGGUCGAGCUGAACACGACCAAGAACCUGGUGGGGUCGGCGAUGGCGGGCGCGGUGGGCGGGAGCAACGCGCACGCGGCCAACAUGGUGGCGGCGGUGUUCCUGGCCACGGGGCAGGACCCCGCACAGGUCGUCGAGAGUUCUCAGUGCCUCACGCUGCUGGAGCCUGCCAAUGGCGGCGCCGACCUGCACGCCUCUGUCACCAUGCCCUGCAUCGAGGUCGGCACUGUGGGGGAGGAACCUUCCUAGCGCCGCAGGCGGCAGCGCUGUCCCUGCUGGG